AGCUAACACCGCUGCCUACCCGUAUGUUAUCCACGUGCGUCCGUCACCUUCGAAAAGUCUCGUCACUUUCAAGGCUGGCCAAGAGGACGAGAACGAUGUCAUACGUAGCAGUAGAGAAAGGCUCCGAGUACACGUCGAACUACCGCAUUUACUACCGAGACUCGAAGGGGGCCCCCCUUUCACCAUUCCACGACAUCCCGCUCUACGCCAACGCUGAACAGACCGUACUCAACAUGGUGGUCGAGGUGCCGAGGUGGUCCAACGCCAAAAUGGAGAUAAACAAGACGGACAAGCUCAACCCGAUCAAGCAGGACUACAAGAAAGGAAAACUGCGUUUCGUCCACAAUUGUUUCCCUCAUCACGGGUAUAUCUUCAACUAUGGCGCUCUGCCACAGACGUGGGAGGAUCCGAAUCAUCGCGACGCGAGGACCGGUUGCCUGGGUGACAACGACCCACUGGAUGUGUUGGAUAUCGGGUCUCGGGUGGCUAGACGUGGCGAGGUACGGCAAGUGAAGACGCUCGGUCUGAUGGCGCUCAUCGACGAGGGUGAAACCGAUUGGAAGAUCAUUGCUAUUGAUAUCAGUGAUCCUGAAUCUGGGAAUAUUAAUGAUAUCCCGGAUGUUGAGAAGAAAAUGCCCGGAUUAUUGACAGCAAUCCACGAGUGGUUCAAGAUAUAUAAAAUACCAGCGGGUAGUCUUGCGAACAAGUUUGCGUUUGGAGGACAAGCGAAGGACAAGGCGUUCGCCGACGAUGUCAUACGGAUGACGAGGGAGUCUUGGCAGGAGCUGAUCAUGGGGAAAGUCGAAGGGAAAGGCGUGUCUCUAGCAAACACGACAAUACAAGGCAGUCCGUUUAUGAUCACGAAGGAGGACGCGGAGAGUGUGAUUGCCGGCGCCGAUCCGCACGGCCCACCCGGUCCGAUUGAGUCCAUUAUCGUAGACAAAUGGCAUUAUGUUAGCAAGGAAGACGCAGCCGCAGUAAAGGACGACGAUUGAUGACUGAUUGUCAUAUCAUACAGUACUAAUACUAAUAGAUUGUGCUAUUUUUCGAUGCAUCGACUGACAUUCUGUUGUGCGUUUACUGAGCUGUGGAUUUACAUGUUGCAUUGAUAACAAUAAAUGUUAACGUGUAACACAA